AUAAAAAGUAGAAGCUGAACAUGGUGGACCUGUGCGAGUAACGUUAUCAUAAAUUGAAACAGGAUUUUAAAUUUUCUAGGUUAUAAAUAAUAAAUAUAGAACAAGUGCUGCAGUAAAAAAAAACUGGAAUCAUCAUGCCUUCAUCUGAGAUUAGUUUGCUGCUGGAGAAGGCUACCAAUUCUCUUCUGCUGGAGGUUGACAUGCUGUCUACGAUGCAGAUCGUAGAUGCUAUUCGUCAGAAUGAUGUCAGUGCCAAGCAGGCAGUGCAGUGCAUCUACGCCAGGCUGAAAGACAAGAAUCCCAACGUGGUGCUUAUGACGCUGCAGGUUCUGGAAGCAGUAGUGAAGAACUGUGGUGAAGCAAUCCACGUGGAAGUGUGCAGCCGCCCGUACUGUGAAGCGAUGGAGGAGCUCAUCCGCUCCAACACCAACGAUGAGGUGCGCAGCGCAGCCUGCUUCCUGCUCGGCAGCUGGUGCAGCGCCUUCAAAGGCCAGCCUAAACUGCAGGCUGUGCAGGACCUGGCGAACAUCCUGCAGGUCAAGGGCUUCAACAUCACGAUGAACAACGAGGCGGCUGCUCUGUACUCCUCCGACGCCGCCCCGAACUGGGUUGAGGCUGACUGCUGCUACCGCUGCCGCAGCACCUUCACACUUAUUAAGCGCAAGCACCACUGCCGCGCGUGUGGCCAGAUCUUCUGCCACGACUGCAGCAGCAAGUCCUCCAUUAUCCCCAAGUUCGGCAUCGAGAAGGAGGUGCGAGUCUGCGUCAGCUGCUACCACGACAUCAACACUCCCCAGAGCGGCAGGAGCAAGAGCAAGGACGACGCCACUGCCUCCAGUCCCGCCAAGAAAGCCCCAGCAGGCAGCAGCAGCAGCAAGAGCAGCAGCACUGGGACCAGCAAGACUGAAGCAGAGCUGCAGGAGGAGGAAGAGCUGCAGCUCGCGCUAGCUCUGUCCCGCUCUGACGCUGAGAACAAGAUCAACGAGAAAUUACGGCACACUUCCACCAUGCUGGGGGGAGGGGGAUGGCGUAACGGUGGGGGGGUGUCUGCUCCCCCACACUCCCCUUCUCCCCCACCCGCCGCCGCCCCCCCACCGAGCACCCAGGGGGAGACGGAUGAGCUUGCCAAGUACCUAAACCGUUCACACUGGGAACAGCGUAAGCAACAGAACAACAGCAGCAACAAGAACAACAGCAACAAGAGCCGCUACUCAGCUGCUGACGAAGGCUCCACCGAGGACGUGGCUGCUGAGGGCGGGGCAAUUAAAGAGCUCGCCUCCCCCACCUCACCCCCCGGCAAGAGGGAAGAGGCACUGCAGACGAGCAACGAGGACGACAUGAACGAGUUCGUGUCGACGUUCCGUGCGCAGCUGGACGUGUUCGUGAACCGUAUGAAGAGCAACCAGUCGCGCGGCCGCCCCAUCGCCCACGACACUUCAGUGCAGUCGCUCUUCAUGAACCUCACCACCAUGCAUGAGCAGCUGCAGCAACACCUGCAGCAGCAGGAGGCUAAGCGAGUUUGGUACGAGCAACUGCAGGACAAACUCAAUCAAACCCGCGACGCUCGCGCGGCUCUCGAGGCGCUCAGGGAGGACCAUAGGGAGAGGAAGAGGAGGGAGAGGGAAGAGCAGCAGCGUGUGAGGCAGAUCCAAAUGAUGCAGAAGCUGGAAGUGAUGCGCAAGAAGAAGCAGGAAUAUCUGGAGUAUCAACGCCAGCUGGCUGUGCAUCGCAUGGCGCAGACUGAACGCCAGCUCAUGCAUCAGCCACCGCCAGCCAUACUGCCGGGUCAGCCACUCCCGCCAGCCAUGGCUGCUCAGCCACCUCAGCCAGGUCAGCCAUUCUACAGCCAGCCGAUGGCUGGGCCGCCUCACAUGGCUGAGCCCCACAUGGCUAGACCUCACAUGGCUGAGCCCCACAUGACGGGACCUCACAUGGCUGCGGCCCCGCACAUGGCUGGAGGUGUCACAUAUCCGAGCAACAUGCCUGGCAACCCCUACAUGCCCUACAUGACUGCACAUGGUCCUGUAUAUUUCGCAGGUGCUAAUGGCGGACAGCCGACGCCUGUGGGCUACCCUCAUCAGCCAGGCCAACAGCCACUUCAGCCAGGCCAGCAGCCACUCCAGCCUGGUCAACAGCCAUUUCAGCCAGGCCAACAGCCACUCCAGCCUGGCCAGCAGCCACUCCAGCCUGGCCAGCAGCCACUCCAGCCUGGCCCUCAGCCGCUUCAGCCUGGCCAGCAGCCACUCCAGCCAGGCCAACAGCCUCUCCAGCCUGGCCCACAACCUUUUCAGCCUGGUCCACAGCCUUUUCAGCCAAGUCACCUGCCACCUCAGCCACUUCAGCCACUGCCAGAAGAGCAACAGCAGCAGGCUGAACUGAUAUCGUUCGACUAAUUAGACAUAUAUUAGUUCUACUGUCACAACUAACUGAAAAAGGUCUUAACGUAGCGUCAUGUUUACAGACAUGAAUGACUUAGUUGAAUACAAAGUCUUCACCUAACAUUAUGUUUACCAACAUGUACGAGUAUACGCAUGUUGUAUAUGUAGUGUAGACUUAUCGUGUCUACAAACGUGUCUACUUGUCACGCUUGUCAUAACGCUUUUAUCAGCGAUAGCUUCUUGUGGUAGUGAACGAUUCAUUAUAUUCCAAGUAGAGUUUAUAUGUUCCGCCUUUUUUGUAAAGAAUUUAUGAAAACUCCUCGCUUGCUUCCUCCUGGGAAUUUAUGCUCGGGGCUUGGAAAGAAACCUAAUCAACCAAGGAGUCUACGAUUUUUAAGGUGUUGAAAUUAAUGAAAUAUUUCGUAACUUAUUCGGCCGCUCCAAAUGAAUAUGAUAAAAGUCAGCAAAUCUGUUCCAUAGAAUUGAAUUAUUUGUUGUGUAAUUUGUCAUACGUGACAACCGCACUUUUAUUUUUAGCUGCACUUCUAUCACUACCGGACUUAUUUUUUACCUGGUAAGUUUACUAUGUGUACUUUACCUGUUACGGUCACUGUGUUGAGAGUGUAAUUACACUAUCUCUUAUUAUUUGUAGCGCCCAAUCCUUUCUUUACUUGGAUUAUCUCUAUUACCCUUCCAGUUGCUAUAUUAUCUUGGUUAUAUACAUGUAUUAUCUUUCCUAUGCGUGGAUCAUAUCUUUAUCUCCUGUUAUCUUCCGCUAGAUGCUCGUCAUAUUCUUGUCUACAUCAAAGAAUAAUUGAUAUGCAGGCUGCUACAGCGUCGUGUCGGGCAUGGGUGCAGUAGCCACUCAAAAUGUUAGUCGUACCUUCCGUAAUGCAAACAUGUUCUCUGUCUAUUAAUGGUGACAUGAGCACGUAAAGGAAUGACUAUUUUUUUGUGGCUAUGCAAUUUCUCAAUGCUAACUCGUAAGAAAAAAAUCACUUUAUUCAUCAAAUUUUAAAUGCAAAAAGCGAAUUAGAAAAAAAGCUAUGCUGGCUAUGCAUCCUUAUGAAGUUGGCUUCAAUUAUACUUCUGCCAUGCCAAUCUUUUAUUUUUUCCUCCCUAUUUUCAUUUUGUCAUAAGUUAUCGUUUUCUGGAUUUCGUUUAUUCUUCAUCUUCAUUUCCUCUUUCUUUUGUUCAAUUAUCUUCGUUACCGUUGCAGCAGACGACUCGAGAUGCUAGGACGUCGCUGUGUCCUCAGCGGCUGUAAAUUUAUUAUACCCGUAAAACAAAAUAUAAAACUUGUCCAUAACCGAGGCAGGACAUCUUCUAGCGUCAUGCCAUGCUAGUUAAAAUAUUCUAUUUUGUACGCCACGUGUAUCCCUAGGCUAGGUCUAUCUAUUAGAUUGGCUAGGUCUAGCGUUGCGGUUUUAGUUUGUGCGUUUGCAAUGUAUCCUGUCAUUAACUGUACUCGCGUCGGUGGCAAUGUAUAUGCCUUCAUGCAUAUUCGCAUUUAUAUUCUGACGUUAGCUUACCCAGAAUACUAGGAGAUUUUUUUUCUGUCUAUAAUUUAUAUCCUGGUGUUUCCUUGUGCAAAAUUUCAGGGUAUUUUCCUAUCAUUAUUACCAGCUAAUCAUUAUUAAUUUUUUUGUGAUACAAACUUGCAAUGAGGAAUGUGUGGUGCGAGACAUGGAACUUCGUCCCGAGCAAUACGUAGACUGCAUCGAUUAGUUCCUUCACUUACAGCCCAUUGUUUUAACGUUUUUACAGGCAUAAGUGCUUGUUGCUUCAUAUCUGUUUGUCAACUAUACAAAUUAUAACCAUU